AUGCUAUGCAGUGCCAUACAUCCUGUUGAUGCUAAUAUCUGGCAUUUUAAAAGGUCAUGCUAUUCUCAGAAUUCUAAUAAUGCCUUUACACUGAAGCUGUUAGAGGUUGCGUGUAAAGGCAUCAUUAGAGGACUGUAUUUGAAUGUACUGGCUUUUAGAUUUAAAUACAACGAACACGAUGAUCUAAAUAUUCCUGAAAUAAUAGAGCAGUCAGGUUCGCACGCACUUGUUGGAGACUUUCCUCAAUGGUGUCUUGGAAACAUUCAAAAAUGCGACAAUGGAUUUUCAUUGGACGUUUGGCUGAAGUUGAAUCCAAGAAAUGUGGACACAUCUGAACUUGUCAUCCUAUCAAAUGGUGGAAAAUCGUUCUUCUCGGAAGGUUUCUAUCUUUAUCAAAUACUUGGAGACCAAUACGAGGUUGGUGUUACCAAGGGCAACAAGAAAUGGCGGGUAAAUUUUAGACUUAUACCAGAUUAUUUUAUUCAUUUAAUGAUCACGUGGAAUGAAUCGUCAGGACUGAAAGUAUUUAUUGACGAACAAGAAUAUAAAGAUGAGUAUUUUGAAGAAGAGGACAACGAUGGUGACAGUUAUGACACAUUCAGUGCAUUCACGGUUGGUUUGGAUGGACAUGCUGAACCAGUGACAGACGACAAUUUAUUUGAGAUUCAGUCGAUAGAAUUCCACGAUAAAGUAAUUCAAAACAAUUUAGAUAAGAACAUCAUGCCUCUAGGUUGUUAUCGUAACCAUGAUGACAUACAAGGAACUGAAUUGAAUGGUACCAAUACCAACGGUAUUAUCCAACAAUGUCGACAGAUGUGUACCCGACUCGAUAAACCAGGAUUAUGUCUUGUAAAAGGUAGUUACUGUUCUUGUGCCGAGAUUGAUAUCACAUAUAGCGUACUUGGUAACAAUGCUUGUGAUGGUGAAGAAUGGGAAGUGUACUUCGCAUCAGGAACGACCAACGAUAAUCCGUAUUCCAUCAACGUGGCAGUUAAUUGUUUGACUGACAGAACUUACGUCAAACCGUUAGAAACCGUUAUGAUCAAAAUAACAUCUAAUCUUCAAGAAUUUGUUACUUUUACUAUAGACAUGGGUGACGGAGUUAAAAUCACCACAUAUGAACGGAGUGUUUACCACUAUUGGUAUAAAGAAGGCAACUAUACCAUAACUGUAACUGCCAGCUUAGGGUCUAUAUCUGUCUCUGGAUCUACCUAUUUCAUAAUCGAAGAUGUUGACGAAGGAACUCCUCCACAGAUGGUUCACAUAUCAAGCUAUCACCAAACUGACAAUCGAAAGGCGAAAUUCGAAGUUUCCUUUGCUAGUAACUAUUCUACCGAUUGUUCGGUUAGUUUUGGUGAUGUAUCACCUCUGCAAAAGGUUAGUUCAUCAAAAACCUUCCUUUCCCGCCAGAAUAUUGAAUACACGUUUCCACAGCUUGGACUUUACAACGUUUCAGCUACUUGUGUCAAUGUAUAUGGGAAAAUAUCAACCAGUGAUAUAUUCCUGGCAAAGAGAUUUGAUCUUUUGUUCAAUUACUUCGAAGUUGGGCACAAUUUUACUACACAGUACUCACCGGGAUUUAACUACAAUCAAAAUCUAGAAAUUCUACAAAACGAAAUUGAAUCAUUAUCGUUCUAUAGUGAAGAUGGAGAUUUGACACUUCCACUUUAUCGCCCGUUUGAAAAUCUUGUAUCAUUUGAUGUAGGAACAGAGUCAAUUCAGAAAAGAAUAUUUUAUAUACAGACCAAGCUUACUGAAGCAGAAAUAGAGAUAAACACAAAGGCUGACUCUUGGACUCUGACAACAAACAUCACCAUUCUUAUACCGUCGGGGUACCAUACUUUCGUUAACUGUACCUUUGGUUUGUCAUUGGAUGACAUGUUCUAUGUCUAUGAAUCUAAUACGACGGUCGCAGUCGAGUUCACCAUCAGCUACACAAGUAUAGGAUAUUACGAUGUUGUUGUAAGCACCUCAAACGACAUAAGCGAGACCUCCAUGUCUGAACUGAUUUCUGUUGAGGUUCCUAUUGUAUCUUUGCAAAUAGACACAGAAAAUAUAAUUGACAGAACAGAGCCUGUUGUUUUGAACAUCAGUUUGAAUAUGGACAUGGAUGGUCCACAAAAGGCUAGGUUUAGAAUUGACCAUGGUGACGGAAAUGUCCGAGAUUAUAAUUAUUUCAGCUCAGCAAAAAUGUUUUCAACAUAUACGAACAACUAUGUGUAUGCUGAAUGGGGUAUAUAUAAAAUAUGUGUCACUGCUAUUAAUGAAAUCAGCAAUGUGACUGGCUGUACCAAAGUACAAGUAGGACAAAAUAUGACUUACAACGACCUUCAAACCGAUACAGAUGCACGUGCUAGUACAUCAGAAUACGCAGAAGUAACUUUAACAAGUACAUCCGGUUCGGAUAGAACAUAUGUUGUUGAUUUUGGUGACGGGUUUCCUUUUACCUUCACUGAUAUCGAAUUAGAAAGAGGUCAGGUGUUCAGUGAAAUCUUCAUCAAUCUUGGGAACAACGACACGACGGUUCCGGAUAACAGCAUGACCACUACUGAUAACAUUCUUAUGGUGACGGCUGAGCCCAGUAAAGACCCUCGAUCAGACGGAGUGAUACCAAUGUCGUAUGCGGAUAGAUUAUCAUUUGAAACCAUAUCCGUAAAACACAUGUACCGUCAGACAGGAAGUUACAAGGUAACAGUAACUAUUCAAAAUGAAUUCGCACACGAUAUUAAAACGUUAUGCCCAACAAUAAUAGUAGAUGAUACAGAUAUUGAGAAUUGUGGUCCACCAACAGUAUCGUUUGAUAACAUUGAUAUUAGUCAACCAUAUGAACGCGUGCGAUCUGAACAAAUAGAUAUUCUAAUCAAUUCUAUGUCUUCAUGCAGUAACCAGUUCACUUACUCGUGGAAGAUGACAAGGUUACUCAAUGGUUAUUACAAGUCCUUUGACAAGAUUUGUGACACAGAAUCAGCAAACAGAACACGGCAAAUACCAGCCGUGUCUCUAGAGUUUGGACACUACCGUAUCAUAGUUACAGUAUCUCCAAAGGGUUUUCCUCGAGCAGCAACUGUCAAGACUAUAAAUCUUGUCGUUAUUCCGUCACAACCAGUUGCUUACAUUGCAGGCGAUGAUGAUAUGUGGUUUCUAACGUUUGGUAGCACGACUAUAGAUUUCAGGCUAUCACGUGAUCCAGAUUUACUGACCAAUUACCGAAAAGGUCUUGAGUAUGAUCUGUUUUGUAUGCCAGAGAGUGCUUAUUCCACUAUAGAUAAUGAUGAACUGGAAAUGAUGAGACGAAAAUCUCUAUUUGUCAUUGAAGAUACAUUGUUUGGAGGCAAAACAAGGAACCCAGCCCGGUUUUAUGAUUAUGCAGAGUGUCUAGAUCCAGCAAACACAAUAAACGCUACUUUAGAUAUAUCCCUUUCUGGUGGAAUGUUUAAUAUGCCAUCACGUAUGUUUAACUCCGACACACCUUUUAAAACAUUUGUGCUAUUUGUGACUAAAAGCGGAAGAACCAGCAAAACUAUGAAAACAAUCGAACUUCGUGUUUCAAAUUCUACAGAUGCUUUCAGUGAACUUGAUGCUCUACUGGCAAAGAAAGAUGUAGCUGGAGUACUUGCUGCGGUGAACAUUUUGUCUUCUGGUAUUGGUGGAGAUGACAAUAGUACGGCUGCCCAAGAAGAAAUGACUGAGAUGAAAGAAGCUUUAGUGAAUUAUGUUGAGGCAGUAUCAGACAAAGUUCAGAAUCUUGGUCAGGCUAAAAUGGCAGCCUCGGCAGUCAACGGACUAACGGAAGGUGAUAUCAGUAUGAAAACGAGGUCAAAAGGUAGUGGUGCCAUAGCCAAGACUGCAUCCAGUAUGUCAACUAAAUUUGCUGAUGAGUCCAUGGGAACACUGACAGAUGUUGCAAGCGUGGGAUUAAAAGGUAUAAGCAAUGUUUUACCUAAAGAAUCAACCGAAGACAAAGACAAGGCAGAAAAGCGUAAAAAGAGACAACUGAAACUAGAAAAUGACUUAUCAGUGAAGAUUGACCAUUGUACAGUCGAGACAUCUGUUCCAACCGAAGAAACUGAAGAACCAGAGGAGGAAGAAGAAGUUGAUAGUUAUAAUGCUUUCCUUAAAAGAUACGACUUAAAAACCUCAAAAGAACUCCUGUAUUUUUACGACUGUCUGUAUGAUUUCCCUAAGGCUUUCCGAGGAGCCGUUCGGAAGUAUGGACAUAUCAUGUGGUUUCCUUUGUCUAUUCUAGAAGUGGACAAUGAGAAGAUUUUUGCUAAAUAUUCAGUGGAAUGGGAACCUUUUGAUGUGGAUGAAUACAUUAAUGAAUAUUGUAUGAAGGAAAUACAGAGGCUUGCUCGAGAGAAACUCGAAGCUGAUAAAGAUGUGGCAGUAGCUAGUAUGAAUGCUAUUGGCGAUGUUUCUAACUUGAUGCUUGGUAAGAUGGAAGCAUCCCGACGCAGGAGGAGAAGGAGAGAGGCUAUUGCUAACGGGACCGACCCUGGCGGUGAUGAUGACGACGAUGAUGUUGAGGAUGUUGAUCAGAGCUUGACAAUAGAGGCCGAUAAUGUUGCUGUUCAAAUGCAGAAUAUAGACCCUAAUGCUGAAGGCGCUCAGGCAAUGGGAACUGACUCGGGUGGAGCUUCAAUGGAUCCCAGUUUGUUUGGUGAUAUGGGAGCUGAAGGAGGUUGUGCUGUGGGUGCCACUGUGGUAGUUAACAAAGACAAUCCUUUUACAUUUGGUAAUACCUCCGAUUCUAAUGUGAAGACCAGAGUAGUUUCUAUUGAUUUGAGUAAUCCCUGCACUGGACAGAAGGCUGUGGUACAAAACACGUCUAAACCUAUAGAAGUAGAAAUGGAAGGUAAUCCAGAUAAAAUAGAUUGUCCAAUGGAAUUUAUACUAUGUCUGUCCCGAAAAACAACUGGCGUAGACCCCAGAGAGUAUAACUAUCACCCAGUUCAAGUGGAUACAAACGAUUCAACAAUACAUUUUACAAUAUGGCCUGACAGAGAGGGAGAUAGGUUUAAAGUGUUUUUAAAGUAUGAGGACUACCCAAAUGCAACCUUCUAUGACCACACUACCAUCAUACCUCAUGACAAGGACGCUUUUCAGCAUAUUGAUCCAGAUAAGUAUCCCGAGAAAAGAAGAUAUCUACAGCAUACAUACUUCCCUCCUCAGCAUUUAACUAAGCUGAAUGGAACAUAUAGAGUUGCUAUCAAGUUACAUGAAAAGACAACUGUAAAUUUUGAGGAGACCAAAGUUUGUCUGAACUACUCUACACAGUUGAUGAUAUCCGGAUGUAAAUUCUGGAGUGAAGAAGAUCAAACAUACAAAGGAGAUGGUCUUUUGGUUUCCAAUGAAACAACAAUCUGGAAGACAAAGUGUUUAUCAACCCAUCUUACAUCUUUUGGUGGUGACUUCGCUGUACCACCUAAUACAAUUGACUUUAGCAAUGUUUGGGCUAAAUUUGAUUUGACCAGCAAUGCUGCCGUAUUCUCAACAGUUAUUGCACUAAUAGGUAUAUACAUCAUUGGUAUUAUUUGGGCACAACAUAUGGAUAAGAAGGAUCUUUUAAAAUGGGGAGCGACACCUUUGGAAGACAACCUUCCUACUGACAAUUAUCACUACCAGGUAACAGUUCAAACUGGAAUGAAAAAGAAAUCUGGAACCUCCUCUAAGAUUAGUUUUGUAAUGUCUGGAGAAACAAACGACUCUGGAGCUAGAAGACUUUAUGAUGGACACAGAAAGAUUCUACCCACUGGAAGUAUAUUGAAUUACAUUCUAAGUGUUGAACGAUGUUUAGGUCCAUUAUCAUUUCUCCGAAUAUGGCAUGACAAUAGUGGAAAAGGAAAGAUGAGAUCUUGGAAACUGGACCAAAUACAGGUGUCAGAUAUACAAACCGGGGAAAGAUACUUCUUUUUGUGUGACCGUUGGUUAGCUGUAGAAGAGGACGAUGGUAUGGUAGAUAGGAUAAUACCUGUUGCUGGACGGGAGGACUUAGCUGCAUUCAAACAUCUCUUUACCUCAUCUAUCAGAAAGAAACUGACUAGUGACCAUCUGUGGUUUUCAAUAUUUUCUCGACCAACAAGAAGUAAUUUCACACGCGUCCAUCGUAUAUCCUGCUGUAUGUCUCUAUUAUUUAUGACCAUGAUAUCAAAUGCCAUGUUUUUCAAGUCAGAAGAAAACGGAACGCAAUCAAAUGCCAUGACAAUAGGACCAGUUUCCUUUACUCUACAACAGGUUUUUGUGAGUUUUGUAAGUACCAUGAUUGUUCUUCCUGUUAACUUAAUUAUAAUCACGUUCUUCCGCCGUUGUCGUCCAAAGAAAAACGCCAUUAUGCAAAUUAAUCAACAGAUGCCAAAACGCGGGAAAUGGAAGAAUGUAACUAAUACUUCACAGAUCUGGGGUAAUGCACCAAAAAGGAGUAAAUGGCAAAAGUUCAAAGAUUCAAUAGAAAAUAUAACUAACUUUCACCAAAGAUCGAAAUACAAUGCUCAGGACAUCGAUCCUGAAGAAGAAGACAAACCAAUGCCAAAAAUUGUAGGAAUGCCGGAAGAAAAACAAGCAAAAAAGAAAAAGAAGCCAGGAACCUUUCCUCAUUGGUGCAUCUAUAUUGCGUAUGUAUUAACUGUGAUGAGUAUGAUAGUACCAGGAUUUUUUACUAUAUUGUACAGUAUGGAAUGGGGACCAGAGAAGGCAAAUGAAUGGCUUACUACGUUCAUCAUGUCAUUUUUUCAGUCAGUGAUUGUAGUCCAACCACUCAAGGUUAUGGUUUUGGUUGCCUUCAUAGCAUGUAUAGUGAAAAAACCCGACAUUGACGAAGAGGACGGUGCUUCAGAAGAUAUAAACAAUGUUAUCGCAGCCCAUGAUGAAGAAAUGUUACAUAAAGAUCACGAAGAACUAGAUGCAAUUGUAGCAAAAAGAAAACUAGCGAAUGAAGACUGUAAGCCAAUCGACAUGGAAGCAUUGAACAAAGCUAGAGAGAACCGAAUGAUGGAGAUCAAGAUGGAAACACUGUUAAGGGAGAUUGCUAUCUAUUUAUUAUUUGUUCUCGUUCUUUUUUUCCUGUCAUACCAACAGAGGGAUUCAUUUUCAUACCAGAUGGCUGCAAAUCUUAGAAAUUAUUUCGAUAACGGAUUUACAUCGAUAACUACAACCGAAGGAUAUUGGAAAUGGAUGGAUAAAAAGCUUAUUCCAGCAAUGUAUGCCUCGCAUUACGCCAAUGGCACUGAAAUAAUACAGUGGUGGGAUAAGAGGUGUACAGCAGAUAUGGUUUCUCGUAGGGUUGGUAUACCGCGACUUCGACAGCUUCGAAUAAAGCCAGAUACAUGUUCGGUAAAUCAGCGGUUAGAUAGUCUAAUUAACCACUGUAGAAACGAGUACGGAUGGACCGACGAUGACGCUAAAGAUUAUCUUCCUGGAUGGGUGAAGCCUCAUAUAAGUAACCUCUCAGCCGUUGAGGAGUCAAAAACACCUUGGGUUUACAGAAGUUCUUUUGAAUUAGCUAAUGCUCCGUAUCUUGGAGAAAUAUCAACGUAUAAAGGUGGUGGAUAUGUGGCAAUGUUUGAAAGAAAUGUUGAAAGAACUAACGAACUUAUUGAACAUUUACGGAAAGAGGUUUGGUUAGACGUCUAUACAAGAGGAGUUUUUCUGGAGUUCACUGUGUAUAAUCCCAAUCUAAAUUUAUUUGGUUCGAUGAUAAUGUUAGUAGAAUUCAUGCAAUCAGGUGGUGCUGUAACCAGAAUGGAGUUUAAGAUUUUUAGACUGUUGAGCUAUAUCGGAGGCAUGGGAGUUGUUGUUAUGCUAUUUGAAGUUUUGUACGCUUGUUUCACACUGUACUUCUUUGUCCACUUCGUGAAGAAACUAAAGAAGGAGAGAAAGAAGUAUUUCAAUUCGUUCUGGAACAAAUUAGAGUUUGCUUUAAUGCUGUUUUGUGUUACUGUGAUAGCUAUGUAUGCUUUAAAACACAUUUUGACGUCUGUUGCAAUGAACGCUUUGAAAGACAGAGAGCGAGCUGACAACGUUAAUUUCCAGUCUCUCGCUGCGUAUGAUGAACUUUACAGUUAUAUGGUUGGAAUAGUCGUGUUUCUUGCUACCAUACAGUUCCUUAAGCUUCUACAGUUUAACAAGAAAAUGAAUAUGUUGGGAGAUACAGUAAAUUUAGCAUCAAAAGAUCUGAAAGUUUUUUCGUUUGCGUUCAUUAUGUACUUUUUAGCGUUCACCAUAUUUGGAUUCCUCCUUUUUGGUUCUACCUUAUAUGCAUUUGCCAGUUUUGUCAGUGCAGCAGAAUCAAUGUUUGCAUUCACGUUGGGUAGUUUUGAUUUCGCCGCAAUGGAAGCAUCACAAAAGAUUUUGGGCCCAAUAUUUUUCUUUUUGUUUAUUUUCAUAGUUUAUGUUGGGUUAAUGAGUAUUUUCCUAACGAUAAUUGCAGAUGCUUUUAACACCGUGAAGGAAAAUGUCGCCAAUCAAACGAACGAGUAUGAGAUUGUUGAUUUCAUGUGGAAGAAAAUUCAAGGUGUUAUAGGAUAAAACUGUUAAGGAUGUUCGCUUUUUUUGUUUUCGAAAUUUGUCACAUGUUCGGAAUCUUCUGCUUUCAUCCAUAUAUUGCCAUUAAAAUUUGCACGGUAAACCUUAUCUUUCUUUUCAUCAUUGUAUUACAUACAGUUAAACAAGCCAUAAAUAUCUUAUAAAAUCCUUGCUAUUUUUUCACAUUUUUCAAGGAAAAAGUAUGCCAAUGUUAGAUGUAGGAAAAAUCUAGAUUUCCUACAAACUUUUAAACGGCUUCAAUCUGUAAAAGAGGAAGCGAACAUCCUGAAGCCAGAAAAUUGUUGACAAAGUUUGACGAUUCUUGUUUGUUAUUGUUUCAUGUUAUAUUACUAAGAGUUUCCAAGUUUUACUCAUAUCAUUUUGUUGUUUGUUUUCAAUAGCUAUUCACAAGGAAAGUGAACUAAGAAUAUUAAUGAUUGGAAGAAAAAGAAUUCAC